AUGUCGGAAAAAGCAUCUGGGCUAAGACAGCCUUCGAAAAUAGGACGACCGUGCUGUACGGGUCCACCUAAGCCAGCGGUACCGUCUCCGUCGCCUAGAUCUUCAAUGAAAUAUCAACAGAAGAGUCUGGAGUCGUGUUGUGCUGGACCCGGCCAGACUCACUGCUCUUACUUAACGUUAGGAUCUUGUCUCAGUUACUGUACUGAUAGUACGCCUACGAGUGGAAACGAGUUUUUAUCUGCCGAUUCAAUGGAGCCGAUUUAUGAAAAUCCGGUCCGUAGAACUGAUGCGCUACGUCGUGGAUCAGAUACGAGUGUUGUGUUGACGGAAGAUACCGACAGUUUUAUAAUUGGAGAUCGAGUAUGGGUCGGCGGAUCGAAACCAGGAUCUAUUGCUUACAUUGGCGAGACUCAGUUUGCUCCUGGAGAAUGGGCUGGUGUUGUUUUGGAUGAUCCUAUUGGAAAAAAUGACGGAUCAGUAGCGGGAGCGCGUUAUUUCCAAUGCGCACCAAAGCACGGAAUCUUCUCGCGUUUGACUCGGCUGACCCGUUUCCCACUGGUCGACGCAGUAUCACCGAGAAUGAAGAGUCCAGCGAGUCCUGACAGCCGUCUCAACAAAUCUAUUUCACCGUCUCUAAAUGCCUCGAUGACCAGUUUAUCAUCAGUAUCGCAACGUGAUUUAAAAAUUGGAGACCGCGUUAUUGUUUCUUCAAGUCAAGGCAGCAAGACAGGAGUGCUGAGGUUCAUCGGUGAGACCGAAUUUGCAGCCGGCGAGUGGUGUGGAGUCGAAUUGGACGAUCCAGUGGGAAAAAAUGAUGGUUCUGUUGCUGAUAAAAGGUACUUUGAAUGUCGUCCUAAGCAUGGGCUCUUUGCACCCUUGCACAAAGUAUCAAGAUCACCGUCCAGUAAGAGACCAUCUAUUUGCGUUGUCCAUAAGCCCAGUGGAGCUGCUCUUAACUCCUCGCUUAGAAAAACCAGCUCCAGAGAAUCCCUGACUUCGUUAUCGAGUCUGGCAAGCACCACUGCCAGUACUGCGACCCGUGGAGCUACCAGGAAAGCUGGCUUGCGCACUACGACACCUGCCAGAAGCUCAUUGCAGGAGAUGUUGAAGGAGAAGCAACAAGAAAUAGAAAUGUUAAGAAAAGAAAGAGAUCUCGAACGCGAAAGAAUAACGAAAGCAGCAACUCAAGCCGACCAUGCGGAGCAAAAGAUAUUAAAGCUCCAAAAAGAAUAUGAUAAGUAUCGAGAAGAUAUGGAGAGAGCAGUUUUGGAGGCGCAGUCGGCGCUCGAAAAGCUGUUGGAAGAAAAGAGUCAGCUGUUUGCGCAGCUGGAAGAAGAGAAACAAAAGAGCGAAGAUUUAUUGUUUCGUUUUGAGGAAGAGUCUGUUAACAAAGAAGACAUCCAGACAGAGAGAGCUGAAAUUGAUGUAAUUAAUACUCACAACGAGACUAAAAUAAACGAGUUGGAGAGUCAAUUGACAAAGGAGCGAGAACGAGUGAUCCAGCUUGAGAAAGAACAUACCCAUCUACUUGAAGUUGAAGAUGAGCUUGCUAAAUUACGGCAUGAAAAGACAGAAUUUUUAGAAUUACAAAACCGCAAUUGGUGUUUGGAGGAAGCUAAAAUAACUUUAGAAAAGCAAAUAUUCGAGCGUAACGACCAGAUAAAAGCCCAGGAGAAAAAAAUAAAUGAGCUGCAGGUUAAACUUAAUGAAGGUGAACAAGAAAAUGUCAAGACAAAAGACCAAGAGGUUAGUAACCAGAAGGCUUAUGACGAGCUCAAAAAGACUUUGGAAGAGAAGACCAAGUUGCUGGACGAGAUUUCGAAGGAAAAGGAUCAAGGUAACGAGGCGUUGAAGCAGGAGAUUGAGAAGCUGAAGGAAAAAAUUGAGGAGCUCAUCAAAGAAAGUAAAAAAGAGAGAGACGCUCUUGUGGAAAAAUACGAGAAAGAUAUUGAAGACAAGGACAAUCUUAUCAAGACUAAGAGCAAAGAGCUUGAGGAAGAAACUGUUCAGAAUGUGGAAAAGCAAAAAGCGUUGGCUCAACUUCGAGUAGACAAUGAGGAACAAAUGAAUAAAUUGACUGAGAAAUUAAACGAGCAAUUGCUGAGCAAAGAUCAGCAAAUUGAAGAACUUAAGCUCAAGGCUCAUGAAGAAGGUAGUAAGCUGAAGAUAGCUUUAGAGGAAGUUGAAGAACUGACCAAGAAGCUCAAAGCUGCUGAAGAAAUGAAUCAGGAGCUGAAAAGACAGAUCGAGAGUCUGCAGAUUAACAGCGGAAAUGAAACUAAAGUUAUUAUCGAGGAGAAAAACAAGCUGGAAGAAUCUUUAGCUAGUCUUAAAGCUACUUCUACUGCCUACUCUGCUCAACUAGAGAAGCUCAAUGAAGACUUGAAAAUGAAGCACGCGGAGUUGGUGGAGCUCCAGAAGUCGAAAGACGCGGAGAUAAAGCAACUUAUGGAUAAUUUUGAGAGCAAGUUAGAGGAAAAGACUCGAUUUAUCACGGAAGUAAACGCGGAUUUGGCGAUCAAGUCAUCGAAGAUUGCUAAUUUGGAGCAUGAGAUUGCGGAACUGAAACGUUUGCUCGCGAGCAAGGAUGAAGAGAUCAAUAGUCUGCUGGAAAAAGCCUCAGAGUUGAAGGACGCGAUUACUUUGUCUGAGCAGACAAAGACUAACUUGGAGAGCGAGCUCAGGAUGUACGAAGUGAACAUUGCGGAGCUUAACCAGAAGCUCGCACAUUCCGAGGAGAAAAUUUCGCAGUUGGUUGAGCAGAAGAGCAAACUCGAAGCCGAGAUAUCUAGUGUGAUAAGUUCAUCCGCGGAUUCUUCUGAGCAGUUGAUUAAGUACAACGAGGACUUGAGGUUGAAGGAAAAGGAGCUGGACCAACUGCGCGAGCGGGUGUUUGAGUUGGAGAACUUGUCUACCUCUUCGGAAGCUAAGUUUAAUCGCGCUGAAGAAGAGCUCAAAGCGGCGAACCAGGUAGUAGAGCAGCUAAAAGCUGAAAUUGGAGAGAUCAGAGACCAGCUUGACGGGCAGGUUAAGGCCAGGGAAGAGUUGAGCAAGGAACUGGGUGUUUUUAAGGCAAAAGAAGCGGAAUUGAGCGGAAUUAAAGAAGCUCUGGUGGAGGAAGUUAAAAUUAAGCAGCUUGCUAUCGUGAAUUUGAGCGUACAAUUGAAAGCUGCUGAGGAAAACUUGUCGGGUUUGAAAGAUAAAUUUUCGGCUUUGUCUUGCUCGAAUGAAGAAAAGUCAAAGGAGUUUAAGAACUACUCUGAAGAGCUGGAACAGAAGGUUAAGAAGUUGGAGGAGGAGAGCAGAAGCUUGAAAGAGAGUGGGGAGAAAUUAUUGGGAGAAAAGGAGGUGGUUGAAAAGACAUUGGGAGAUUUAAAACAAAAGCUGGAGGAAGAAAUAGCUUCCAAAGGUCGCUUGGAGAGUCUGAGUGGAGAAAGAGAAAGUCAGAUCAAGAGUUUGGAGGUUAGGAUUGAAGAGUUGAACAAAGAGAAAGAAGAAAUGAGCUCGGUGGUUCAAGAGCUUGAUGUUAAGUACAAUGAGAGCCUUGCGCAGUUGAAGCUGGCGAAUUCUAAAGAUGCUGAUACUUCGCAGGAGGUUACUUUGAUGAGGGAGAAAGUAGAGCAGUUGGAGUCGAGUAAUGGAGAACUGAAGAAAUCUUUGGAGGUUAUGGAUCAAUCGGCUACGGGACUUAAGAAAGAAUUGAGUGAAGCUAAGGCUAGAUCUCAAGAAUUGGAAGGGAAAAUUAAGGAACUGGAGUCUAGUGCUGCCGAGUGUGAUAAAUUGAGAACUGAAUUGGUGGGAGAGAGGGAGCUAGUUGUUAAGGCGGGAGAAGAAAAGAUUCGGUACUUGAAGGAUUUAGAGGAGACUAUGAGAGACAAAAGAGCUUUGGAAGAAAAGAUUAGCGCGGUUGAAAAUGAACGCGAGGGUUUGAAAAGAGAAUUUGAGGUUAAGGUGCGAGAGCUUGAGAGUUUGCAGGUGGAGAAGCAAGCUUUGGGUGAAAAACUGAAGGUGGAGCUCGAAGCAUCGGGUAAAGAGGUUAGUUUGGCGAAGAAGAGGAACCAAGAGCUGGAGAGCCUUGUUGAUACUAUGAAAAGUGAGGUUAGUAGUAGAGACUCGGUUGUUGCUGAGCUUCAGAAGCUGAUUGAGGAGAUGAAAAAAGACAAAGAUCAGCUGGUCAGCGGAGAGAAGACUAUAGUAAGUGAGUUGGAGAAGAAACAAAGCGAAGUUGUGGCUAUAAAGGCGGAAAAUGAGAGUUUGUUGGGUGAGAAAGUGGCUUUGGAAAAGGAGCUGAAAGAUAGGGAGGGGCAGAUACAGGCACUAACGAACCUGGUGGCGAGUAAUGAAAGUGAUGUUGUUAAACGCACUCAAAGUAUCGCGGAGGAGCUCAGUAAGGUUAGAAAAGACUCGGAUGCCCUGAAAGAGAAUCAAAAUGCCCUGGAGAAGGAAAAUAAGACGCUUUCCGCGAAAUUGAGCCAUACUUUGGAGGAACUUAAGACUGCGAUGGAGAACAAGAAGAAUUCUUUGGAGGUUAAAUCGGUGGAUGUUAAGAAUAAUGGAAACAAAAAUGGAGAACUGAUACAGCUGAUCGAAGAAAAUGAGACUUAUAAGGGGCAAAUUGAUUUCUUGAACUCUGUUAUUGUAGAUAUGCAGCAGAAAAAUGAGAAGUUAUUGAGCAAAGUUCAGGUUCUUGAGAUGGGAGUCCCCGCUAAUGAAGCUGAUGAUUACAGCAAGUACUCGCUGGAUAAAAAAGCAGGUACUCCGAGAAUGUUCUGUGAUAUUUGUGAUCAGUUUGAUCUUCAUGAAACUGAGGAUUGUCCCAAACAGGCGCAAGACUUUGAGGUUGAAAAACCUGUUAAGAAAUCGAAGAAAUCUUCUUUUGCUUGCCGGUUAGAUGAAGAUUUGUUGAAUUUUUUAGAGUAUAUUUUUGUACGGGGAAUUUAA